AUGAUUACUACUAUUCCUGAGGGUCACAAUGACCACGACUACAAGACUGCCUGCAAUGGCAAGCGACGUCGCAUCUCAAAGGUGUCGAUGAGUCUGGGCCACACGGCCGCCGAAGACCUACGAAGCGAAAUCUCACAGAGCAUCCGCAAGGAACUCUCACGUCGACGAAGCAGUGUCAUUGCCCCGGAGCCACAACUCAAGUCACGACCCACAGAGACGGCCAACAUCCGCUCAGCCGAAAAGGAGGAAUCAGCGGUAUCCAAAGCAUUGAACAACUUCGAUCUCUUCGAACACAUUCUAAUGCAAUUGCCCUGGUCCGGCGAUGAGGUUGAAAUGCAGCGACAGAGCAUCCGUGCCAUCAUGACGACUUCAAGGACAUGCCGCAGUUUCAAGGGCAUGAUUGAUGCAUCUGCUCGACUGCAGAAGCGUCUGUUUCUGGCACGCGACUCUGAGCAAAAGAGACCCUGUUUCUGUGGUCACCAAGAGGAGGAGCGAAUUUGCGGCGCAGAGACAAACNCCUUCAUUGCACCCACGCUGAAGAAGCACAUCCUCCACAACUCCUUCUCCUGCGACCAGCGACGACAGAAGCAAGAUGCUGCAAGACAAGCACGAGCCGAUCAAGAGUCGCUCUGCCGCCAUCUCGACAGCACCAACCAAUCACACGACGACUACUUCAGCCACCCAGUCGCCUUCCGCGACCUCCAAGACCGCCAGAAGAAACACAUGCUCGCCUUCAAAAUCUCCGAAAACGACCCUUUCUAUCUCCUCGGCGAACGCUCUGCCGCCGAUGCAAGCUGGCGAAACAUGUACUUUUCCAACCCGGCACCCACCCGCAUCGAACUCUACUACUGGAGUUAUCUCAUCCGCUGCGAGUCGCAGGACGGCAAACCGCUGACCGCGGGCUUUGUUUGGGAUACCAUCAGUGAGACGCUUGAGGUUGCGAGACAGCGCAAGGCUCCUGGAUAUCAGUAUGAAGGGGACGAGCCCUUGCUCGUGCUGCUGGGGUCGUGGGAGAAGGAGGGGGAUCACAGACACGUGUACGACUGGUUGAACCAAAGGCAUGAGGCUUGCAGCAGUCCAGCUUGCCGAUAUGCAAAAGCUUGA